AUGUCCCACCACCACGGGCAUGGAUGUCAUGCUCCUGCCAGUGUCGACUAUCCCCAGACCAACUAUGGUACGGGAGCGAAGUGGAUCAAACACUUGACCCAAGGCCGUUUGGGCACUUUCAACGGCGGUCACUACGCGGAUGUUAACCUUUCGCAAGUCCUGUACCACCAUCGCGUCGAUGAUUCUGCCUACAUCAAGCUUCAGGUCUGGAGCGCGCCGGGCCUGUCGAAGCCGUCGUUCGAGGAGGCUAUGAAGCAGAAGUUCAAGCCGGCCAAGAAGGGAGAUUCAUUUGGACCAUCGUGUACGUCCUACAUCUUGUACUCUGCAUCACAUAAGUUUGACGGUUUGGUCAGGGUCGAGUUUGACCCCGACUGUGAGGCGAUGAUCUUCACCACCGAUGGCACACCCCUGCAGGGCAUCACAGGCGGAUGGGGCGGCGAUCGUCGCGUCGAAUUCAUCCUUCCGUCCGAAGCGCGCAAGGCCCGGAAGCUCGACUUCAUCGUCGAGUCGUCCUGCAACGGCAUGUUUGGUAUUCCCUGGAACGGCGACACCAUCGAGCAUCCCGACAUGAACAGGUACUUCCGGCUCGCGACGGCCGACCUGGUAGUGCCAAACCAAGACGCGUGGCAGCUCCUAUGGGACUUCACGACCUUGCGCGAGAUCUCCGAGACGCUGCCCGGCAAUACAUCCUUGCAGAACAAGGCCCUCGUCACCGCGAACACGAUCAUGAACACAUUCGACAAGGACGAUCUCGGGAGCAUUGCUAGUUCGCGUAAGCUCGCAGAAGCGGUGUUUGGCGAGGGAUGGGCCAAUAAGGGCGACAAGAUAUACGAGGAAGGCGCGGAGGAAGCGACCAUUUGGGGCAUUGGCCAUUGCCACAUCGAUACUGCUUGGCUCUGGCCUUACCGAGUGACGCAACAGAAGGUUGCGCGUUCCUGGUCCACACAGGUCGAUCUAAUGGAGCGAUACCCCGAGCACCGCUUUACCUGCUCGCAGGCGCAGCAGUACAAGUGGCUCGAGCAGCUCUACCCGCCGCUGUUCGAACGUGUCAAGACGCAGGUCCUCGCGGGGCGCUUCCAUCCCGUCGGCGGAUCGUGGGUCGAGAAUGACUCGAACAUGCCGAGCGGCGAGGCUCUUGCGCGCCAGUUCAUACUCGGCCAAAGGUAUUUCGAGAGCAAGUUCGGGAAGAGGUGUGAGACGGCGUGGUUGCCAGACUCGUUCGGUUUGACGGGCGCGCUACCGCAGUUGAUCCGCCAGGCUGGCAUGAAGUACUUCUUCACGCAGAAGCUGAGCUGGAAUAACAUCAACACAUUCCCGCAUUCGACGUUCAACUGGGUCGGCAUUGAUGGAACGCAGGUCCUUUGUCACAUGACACCCGUCGACCAACUGAUGAGCGUGUUCGUAGAUACGUAUACAGCUCAAGCCACUGUAGGCGAUGUCAACAAGGGUGUCACCAACCAUAAGAACCUCGAAUCCUCGGAUGUCUCGCUGCUCGUUUUCGGUAAUGGCGACGGUGGAGGAGGCCCGCUCGCCAAGAUGUUGGAGAAUCUCCGUCGCAUGCGUGCAACCUCAAACAACUCGCGCGAAAUUCCGCCUGUCAACAUGGGGCACUCGGUUGAUGAGUUCUUCGACGUCGUUGCGAAGAAGUCCGAUGCCGGAAAGAAGCUGCCCAACUGGAACGGAGAGUUGUACCUUGAAUUCCAUCGGGGGACCUACACCUCACACGGCUCUAUCAAGAAGGGCAACCGCAAGUCCGAAAUCUUGUUGAAGGACGUCGAAUUGCUGACGACACUUGCGUCGCUGUACAAGUUCCACAAGCGUGACUACGUCUACCCGAAUGAGAAGAUCAACGAUUGUUGGGAGAAGGUCUUGUUGAACCAAUUCCAUGAUGUGCUCCCGGGUUCUGCCAUUGGAAUGGCCUAUGAGGACGCCGAGAAGCUGUAUGCCGAAGUCCGGAAGGAAGGCACGCAGCUCCUCGAGGAGGCAUGGUCGGCCAUCUUCCCCGAGUCGUACCCAUUAUCCAAGACCGCUGCUCUGAGCAGACGUGGGACCCUCAUGGGUUUCAACACUACGCAUCUUGCUCGGCGCGACGUCGUCAAGGUCCCUCUCACCUCUGGUGCGGCCAAGCUGAAAGCGCAAGUCGUUCAAGCUUCGAAGGACGGAAGCUAUGGCUAUGCACUGAUGGACUGCUCGGAGGGAGGCCAGUUGGCGGCGUCGUCAGGCCUGUUCGCCGACUGCAUGCCAGUCUCCGUCUUCACGAAUGGAUCGGGUCAUUUCGUGUUGCGGAACUCCAGUGUGCAGCUUACCAUCUCAGAGGGCAGGAUCUCCAGCUUGCUAGAUGUCGAACUCGGCCGUGAGCUCCUGACCUCGGGUCAGACUGGUGGACUCGUCAUUUUCCACGACAGACCGAACUACUGGGACGCAUGGGAUGUCGAGAUUCACCACCUUGAGACUGUUCAACCGCUUGAGUUCUCCAACAUCUCUGUCGUUGCAGAGGGUCCUCUGCGAGCUUCGAUCAAGUCUGAGAUCAAGUACCGCCAGAGUACCAUCAAUGUGACGAUCUCCCUCGACGCUAUCACUGCAUCGAUGAAGAAAGACUCGCGUUCGACGUUCGUAUUUGAUGCCGUCGUGGAUUGGCAUGAGAAGCACGAGUUCCUGAAAUUCGAGCUCCCGCUCAACCUUCACAAUGACAUGGCGACCUAUGAGAUGCAGUUUGGAUAUGUGCAGAGGCCUACGCACAACAACACGACUUGGGAUAUGGCGAAGUUUGAAGUGUGUGGUCAUAAGUACGCCGACCUGAGCGAAUUCGGUUAUGGCGUCGCUAUCCUGUCUGAAUCUAAGUAUGGUUUCUCUUGCCGUGGAAACGUCCUCCGCAUCUCUCUUCUGCGAGCGUCUACGGCUCCUGACGAGAACCAGGACCAAGGGAUACAUGAGUUCUCGUGGGCCGUCAUGCCACAUGCUGGUCACUUCCUGGAGUCAGAUGUCCCGCAAGCAGCGCAGUUGUUCAAUUCACCUUUACACAUGCGCUUCGUGGCAGAGAGUGGAGUUCAAUCCCCGAUGCUUCUCAAAACACCGCCCUUCGCAGUGGAGGGGGCUCGGAACGUUUUCCUGGAGACCGUGAAGCGCGGAUUAGACGAUCAAUUCGAUUCUAAGAGCGGGCCGACGACGGUGGUUCUGCGGAUUUACGAGGCAUUCGGUGGUCAUGCCCAAGCAUGGUUGAAGAUUGCUAAAAACAUCCCAGUGUCCAAAGUUUUGGCGACUAACUUGCUUGAGGACGAGGAAGCAGAGCUGUCCUUCUUUGACGCUGAAGAUCACGCACACCAUGCCGUGAAGCUCAACUUUCACGGCUUCGAGGUCAAAACGAUCAAGAUUGUCCUGGGCCGAUCUGACACCCAUGCUGUCAGUGAAGGCCCCGAUAACUGGAUCACAAUCGACAAACCGUCCUCGGUCUAA